UUAAUUGCAAGAUAAGCGGCUUGGUUAACGACGGACUAACCAGCUACACAUGUCACAGCUGUAUAACAUACAGACCGGUUUACGUCGCGCAACAGUCGGUGGUCGAUAUGUCGAUCAGCGACGGAUUGACUUGGUCCAUUUUCAUCGCGGCGAUAUUUAGCCUCUCGUGUUCCGUCAUGUCAAACGAACGGGGUGUAAGGUGGCUAGCGCUGGGUCAUGAUAUAACGGAGGGUGAACAGAGGGUGAUGAAUAUGAAAGUAGAGAGAUACAAUAAGAGCUGGCCGGUAUCGACUGCGGCUCAAAUCUUCUACAGUACGAAAAACGGCAUGACGAUAAAUUACAUCAUAGCGACGGCGUCUACGAUGAAGGGAUUCGUCAGGGUGGAGAAAGGCGGAAUUGGCCAGAAAUGGGUGGUGAUAAAAUACACGAGCGAAAAUGGAACUCAAGACCAGUUGCAAGUCUUGAUCGAAUCGUACAAGAUCGAGCCAAGUUUCAUCGUCAAAGGCAAUUCGGCAAAGACUUUGUCAACCGUGAUUGUCAUGAACGAAAUCAGGAAUUGGACCGAACAAAUAUUACAAAAAGAUGGAGAAAAUUCUAACAAAAUCGAUGAAAACCUGUGAUUUUUAUUAUUACAUUUAUAUAGCGUAAGAUGUA